AUUCCACUUUCAAGGCUGAAGGGUCAUUUUUCAUUCAUCACUUGCCAAACACACUCUAUAAACCUGAUCAACAAGUUGAACGAGUGCUCGUGCCUCAAUGAAACGCUUGUUGAGUGAAGUGAUUGCAUCCUUCAACAAGACCAGCCCCUUUACUAAAGUCGAAACCUGUGUGAAUUACUUUACACAUCUUCCACAAUAAACUCAGCAUAGAUGAAACCAGCAUAUUUCCUAGAGACUCGUCACAUGUAAGUGUGGAGGUGCUGAUCGCUGCAUGUAAACAGGUUUAACGCUGCUGUAACAACUUUACCAACUGUGAAAACGACUCUUCAGGGUAAGAUGGACAGUAAGAAGACAGAUGAAGAUGUAGAUGAGUCUGAGGAAGAUGGGAUUGACUCUGAGGAAGAUGAGAAUGAUUCAGCAUGGGACUCAUCAACGAGCUAUGCAACAUCUGAAAAACUGUAUGAAAAUUUGCAUAAUGUAGAGGAAACCAGUGCAUCAACAAACUUACAUGAGGAAUUGCGCAUCAUGUUACUGGGGGCGAGGGGGUCUGGAAAAAGCUCAACUGGAAACACCAUCCUCAGGUGCAGCGCUUUUAAAUCGGACAUGCAGCUGAACAGAGUCACACAGUUCUGUGAAAGAGCAUCUGGAAACAUCAACGGCCGGCCCGUGGCCAUAAUCGACACGCCGGGACUGAACAGGAUCGGCCGUACAGAGAGGGAAGUGACCCGAGAGAUCCUAAAGUCCAUCUCUCUAUAUACUCCAGGACCGCAUGUGUUUCUGCUGGUUAUGCCUGUUGGGAACUUAACUAAUGAUGACAAAAGCAUGCAUAAGCUGAUUGAGAGCAUGUUUGGGGAGAGCGUCUGGAAGUACACCAUCAUUGUGUUCACUCACGGUGAUCGUCUGGAGGGAAAGACGGCGAAUGAUGUUAUCGCAUACUCAGACAAGGCGCUACGCAGUUUUAUUCAUAAGUGCAGUGGUGGGUUUCUGUUUUUCAAUAACAAGGACACGACAAACUACGAGCCUGUGACAGAACUCCUAAAGAAAGUCGAUACCCUCGUGGCCAUCAAUGGAAAGAGCUGCUACACGUUGUCUUUCUACCCGGCCGCUGAGAGAAAGAUCAGGAAGAAAAUGGAGAAAGUUUUAGAGAUGAGAAAAGACCAGAUUGCACAGAAAGAGAGGGAGCUGCUGGUACACUGCAAAACUGAGCAGGAGGUGGAAAGAAUAAAGCAGGAACUCUGGAGAAUGGAAGAAAAUGAUGCAAGAAAAAUGGCUGAGAAUCCAGCCAAAAAAAAACUGUCCAUCAAACUAGCCAAAUGGCACCAAGACCGACAGUCUUCCAUCUAGAAACUUGUCCAAUUAUUUGACAAUGCUUGUGUUUUUAUUGGUCUGGCUUGUAUAGUAAGAUAGAAAUGGAUGAUAUGAAUUCUUCUAAUGUAUUUUUUGUUUGACUGAGCAAAAUUAUGCCAUUUAAUACCCUUAAAGGUGCACUAUGUAACUUUUUGUUUUGUUCAAAAUUAACCAAAUUUAAAUAAUGAGUCAAUACACCAUCAGUCUUACUUACAGAAUGUGUUUAUCUUACCCUAAUUCACUAUGGUAAGCCAAGCCCAUUAUAAGUGUUUAUAUUUUACACCUAGCAGGAUGAUUUUUUUUUUUUUUUUUCUACGGGAAAUUGCAUAAGUUGCUCCGGCUACUUUGAAGUGUGUAUGAUGUGGGAGUGGAAAGGUUAGUUGUCAAUAAGCGAGAAAGGUUGACAUGGAGCUAAAUCUCGACACACCAGAGGCCUGUUGCAUGAAGGUAGUUGAACAAAGUUUCAGAGUAGGUUUAGAGUUGACAGUUCCAUAUAAAUCCAACUGGUUUAGAUCAGGCUCAACAGGUCCACAACGCUCGGUAUAAACUUUCUCUGUCAACUCAGGUUUAAUCCAGAGUUUGCGAUUAUCUCUGAAGCUCACCCAAAAGUUCACCCAAAAAUGGAAAUUCUGAUUACUCACCUUCAUGUCGUUCCACACCUGUAAAACCUUCGUUCAUCUUCGGAACACAAAUUAAGAUAUUUUUGAUGAAAUCCAAGAGGUUUUUUAUCUCCCAUAGAAAGCAACGAAGUUACCACAGUAGAAGUAGUAAAGACGUCGUUAAAAUAGUCAACGUGACUGCAGUGGUUCAACUUUAAAGGUGCAGUAUGUAGGAUUUCUGUCCGCUAGAGGUCGUUAGAGCCCUAUUCAAAACAAAGGCGUAGCUUGAUGACACCAAGUUUGAGCGCGGAAUCUUGGGACAUGUGUUCUUCACUUCAACGGAUAGUGCAAAAGAAUAGAGAUAGGACUCGGGAAGAAAUCAUGUUCAGGGAUGCCAUUAUUAACGUUAUUGUAGUAUGAAGCAGAGCAGGACCGAGUGUUGUGGGAGCUGAACGAGGCAGCUGGAGCGAUUGCGCAACAACGCCGCGAGCAGCGGAACUUUUAUUAUGCCACAGUCGCUGGCGCCGCUUCCACUUUUCCGGUCAUGAGUAUGAGGUAACACAGCUCUGUUUAUCAUAUUAGAUGCAUUUGAGAGUGUUGAAAAUGAUGUUAUAAUCCUACUCUGUGCGUUCGCUCGUUGGCUGCUGUGAGACACUUGUUUGAGACACACUGCAGUAAGAUAGGUCGAUUUUAGAAUAUCAGAUUAAUAAAUGCUGGAUGGCUUGUGUUGAUAAAUGGCAUGCAAUUAAUUUUAAAACGUGUUGUAUGAUGGAGAAAAUUCUGUAUUACUGUUACUAAAAAUAAAGCUGCAUCUGAUUAUGCUAUAUUAGCUACUUGACAAAAUAGUGUUUUUCUCUGAGGCAUGGUAAAGGCUACUUACAAAGAAUCAAGAAAAUUAGAUUUAAACAAUGAGACUAAACGUGUUGAGCUAUAUAACAACAAUUCGAUUUCUGUCUAUAAACAUAUCAAAACAGUUGUUCCCUUGUCUAUUAAAACGUGUAAUAUAUUAAAGCGUCUUUGGUGUUUCCAUGGUUUCUACAAAAUAAAACCGGAAACUAGGGCUGGACGAUUAAAAGUAAUCGAAACCGAAAUCCAGAACCUCUAACCGACGUAAUUUUCCCAUGUCGGUUAUUUCGGUUUUUUAAUCCUGUUAAUACUUCCCACUUAAAAACAUACUAGCGUGCGUGUUGCCAUGUGACUCCGCCCGGUCCAGUUAACAUGCAGGUGAACGCAGAGUCAACACAGAGAUGGCACGCGAGCAGUGAGCCUUGUGUCUUCAGUAACCUUUGUCAGUUGCAUGUGUAUUACGGUUUGCCAAUUUAGACAUUAAAGCGAUUAGACGAUCGGCUGUGUGUUUUUUAUAUUGAGAUAACACAUGCUCGCGCAGCUGCAUUGUGGCACGAACACUCAUACAAACAGUAGCUGCACAAAACGUGAAGAUCGCGCGCACUGAGGAACAGAAACUAGUUGUCAGAGCUGUCCUGUGAUUUAUCACUAAAGUAGCUUAGAAACUCAAAACUUAUUAUAGCAUAUAUUUUUCUACUUUUGAAGUAACUAUUUACAACCCACAGCUUCACAAUUAAUAGAGAGACGGUAUGACUUAUUCACACACGUAAUCGCUCUCAUUGCGUACUGGUACUGUGCUAAUUUAUCUUUAUCUGAUUUACAACGAGCAGAAAUCUGUAAGAAAUGUUACGAACCAUAGAUAAAAUAACUGCUGAAAGUGAGCUGUUAUGUCAGAUCACUCUUUCAAUAGGAAAAUAUAUCCCACCUUUAAUAUUCAAUCACAUUUACAGUACAAACCUUGUCAGUGAACUAUGAGGGCAAAAAACCAAACAAACAAAAGAAUCGUUCAUUAAUUGUAAUCGAGGUAAAAUGUUCAAUUAAUCGAGGUUUUGAUUUUAGGCCAUAAUCGUCCAGCCCUACCGGAAACCGAGGCAGACCGAGGGUAACGCGGGUAUGACGCAAUUGACAGGGCGACUCCUCACAUGUCCCGGAGCCUUGGUUAAAAUUGCAAUUUUCUCAUGAUUUACAAAUAGUUGGAAACAUUUGGGAUCUUGUAAGUACGCAAGUGAACCAAAUAUAUAACACUGGCCUAGUGGUUUUUGGAUAUUUUACUGCAAAAAUCAUACAUAUUGCACCUUUAAUAUUAUAAAGCGACGAGAAUACUUUUUGUGCACAAAAACAAAACAAAAAUUUUUCCAUUUAAAUUUUUUGAACAGUGUCCAUCUUGGCCCACUUUUGGAGUGUAUAGUAACCAGAGCAGAGGCUCCUCGAGGUACAAAGCUAAAUCAAAUCACUAAAUCAAAUCACAUUUAAUAAUAGGCUAAUAAUAAUAAUAAUAAACAUUUGAAUGAUUCGACCCAACCAGGUUAUGAUGAAUAACCUGAUAUUUGAAACAUAUCUUCCCCUUUACUGCACGAAAAAUCUCCAUCACUUUAUAACACAUAAAACUUGAUAUUAAAUGUGACAUAAAUUCAAAUAUCACUAUUAUCCAAUGCAGAAAAAUUCAAUCUAACCUCAAUAAUGUUCCAGUGAAAUAAAUCUUACAUAAGUCUUUGAAUUCCGGUCAGGUAUGAUUAUCUAAACUGAUCUGUUGUAGUUUUUCACUUAUUGACCUGGGAAAAUAUAUGUAAUUAUUAUAAACACAACAAUUGAAAAUGAGCCAUGUUAUUUACUGUCUGUACCAUUCUUAAAUGUGAUACAUAGAACACUAGUGUAAAAAUAAAUUCUAUUCAGGAUAAAGAGAAUUAAUUAGUCAAAUAUGUUAAAGUGUUUCUUUUAACAAACCAAAACCUAAUUAUUUUGCUGGACAGUUUCCAAUACAGUAGCUGCAAAAAAAAAAAAAAAAUGUUAUUGUCGUUAUUGUCUGUGAUUGUCUUUCUCCACACUCUUGUGUUUUACGUAGAUGUGUCAUUUCCUUCCGUCAGAAAUUCUUUAUUUCUUUUGAACCUCUUGUAGUUGAUGUUUACAUACCAGAGUACUCUAUAGGGUAACACUGGUUUGACUACUACAUGCUCAGAUUAUUCCAUCAUCAUGGGGAUCGUCUCAGUGCUGCCCUCCUCUGGUUAAAAGACUAUUGUAAAGUACAACAGUAAAGUACCUACUGCAAGUGUGCCUAGUCAGAUUUUUGUAUUUUUUCAUUUUAAUGUUAAAUUUUUUUUAAUGUCAUAUUGUCAGUUUUCCAUUUGUGUAUUCAUCCUAAGUAACCUACAGUAUACUCAUGUCUUGUAAAUAAUCAUUUUAAAGCAUUCAAGCAUUUAAUCUAGGGUUCUUGUCUCAAUUUUAAAGAACGCUUCAUGCCAGAAAGGUUCUAUAUGAGGAUAAAUGUCUUAAAUGAAUGCAUCAGUGUUGGGAAAAGUUACUUUUAAAAGUAAUGUGUUACAAUAUUGUGUUACUCCCUAAAAAAUAAACUGCGAUAUUUAGUUACUUUUAAGUAAUGAAUUACAUUACUUUUCUCACAUGGGCUGGACUUUGUUUCUAUUUUUG